CCAGUGUGUUAUGUUAAAGUUUACCUGGCAGCAGGUAAACAGACAGACACAGAAACCUCCUUAUAUUCAUGACAAGACGCUGAAUGAUUUAACAUUCACUACUGUCUCUUAAUAAACGCACCUUCUGAUCUGGUAAAGCAGAGGAUACACGUGAAGGAGCGCGUGGAUGCUGCGGACAGACGCGCAGCCUGUUAACCGACCAGAGGACCACUUUCAUUACUGACAACAUCUUUUACGCGUCAGACGACACGGAGGAGCAACAAAGAGACAAAAACACGGAGCCUCCAUCACCAGUGACUAUAGCUGGUAUUGAUGAUGCAGAAGAUGGUGCCUUCAGAUUCUCAUGGAGAGUAAACGAGAUUCGACUCGACCUACUCUGUUAAAGGAUAGAAGUCAUCGGAGCCUGAUGAUCUUAUGAGGACACCAGGUUUUUCCCACAGCCGUGUGCUGUGCUAAGAAGUCCAGCUGGCAGUGAGGGUGCCCUCCCUGAGGCAGAGCUAUGGGCUGUGGGGGGAGCAGGACUGACGCUCUGGAGCCUCGAUACCUGGAGAGCUGGACCAAGGAGACGGAGUCGACGUGGCUGACCAGCACAGACACUGAUAUCCCCCUGUCGUCCAUCCAGAGCAUCCCCUCUGAGAACUCCGAGGCCGGCUUCGCUUCUGAGAAAACCAUCAGCCCCGUUCCAGAUUUCUUUGAGGACAGUCUCCCUCUUCCUGCUCAGGCUUACCUGAAGGUCUGCUCGGCCGUGUCUGAGGCCAGUCUGAACGACGUGAAACCCAGCAGCCCUCCCGCCAUCCUGGGCUCUCCACCCAAGGAGGCGGCGGUACCGUCGUCCGGCACCACAGUGCAGCGCAGAAGUGUUCUACACACUGAAGAGAUUACCAAAUGGCAGGACAAUCGGAUGUCGACCAAGCAGGUGACCAUCACAGUGACACAGAGCAUCCAUCAGGUGGACAAGAACGGGAAGGUGAAGAAGUCCCUCACCACCUACGAGGUGAUGAAACCCGUGGAAAGCAUCAAACAGGUGGCCACACAAAACACUUGAGUGUAGGGGGAAACUGGAAGAAGCCAAAGAGAAACGAAGAUGACUGUGAAACAAGUGAACUGAUGGUGUUUUUGUGGAAAAAAUCUUUAUGGUCUGACGGCUGAUGACAGCACAAGAGGGAUGACAUCGUCAUAUUGAAAACACGGCUCAAUUGAACUAGGCCAUAUUGUAAGAUGUACUUCUACGGUGCCUGUUACAACAAUGUCUUACUGUACUGUCCUGAAGACAUGGACAUGUAAAACUGUAGGUUGGUCAGAGAAAAUACAAAACAUGACAUUUGACAGUACACACAGUGUCAGAUCAAAAAUAAAAGAAGACAGGAAAUCAGUACUUGGCAC